CUGCUGCUUCACCUUGCGGGAAAUUUUUCGCUUAGACCAGCUCUUUUUCUCUCCUAUCCACCAGAUGAUAUCGGCAGACUGUGGGCGAAUAGCCACCCACUGGUUGCGACUCUGUUGCGCACUGUCAAUAAUAGAUGCGGCAUCGGCGGCAGUUGUGGUUGCAACAGAAACGGCGGUGGCUGCUGCUGCGACAGACACAGCGGCUGAAGUGGUUGCAGCUGCGACGGAAUUAAAUGCUGCUGCUGCUGCUAUUGCGACGUGGUACUUGUGCUUGGGAUUAUUCAGACGAGGGUCAUCAAUUUUGUGAAAUUUCUCCAUCCUGCUCUCGCACAC